CUCCGUCGUCAUCCCCGGCUUUCCCCCACCAAAAGCCAAAAACCAUGCCACCUCCUGCCAGCUAGUCCCCACUCCCCACCUGCCUCCUGCCCCAAGCACAGCGGCACACCGGAGGGACACCACCGCACGCGCGCGACGCCGCAGCACAGCAACAGGACCAUGGCGGCUCUGCCGCCCUUCUCGCCGCGGCGGCCCUUCUCGUCGCCGUGCUUCAUCCUCUGCUUCCUACUCGGCUUCGUCGCGGGCCUCUUCCCCUUCGCGCACCGCCACCUCCACCUCGACCUCCACCACCUCCCGCUCCCGGUCCCGGACCCUCCUCCUACUCCUCCUCCUGCCGCGCCGACCCAGGCGGCCCCGACUCCGCCGCCGACGACGACGACCCUGAUCGUCGUCACGCCGACCCGCGCGCGCCCGCUGCAGGCGUACUACCUGCACCGCCUCGCGCACACGCUCCGCCUCGUGCCCCAGCCGCUGCUCUGGCUCGUCGUCGACCGCGGCGCCGCCACGCGCGAGACCGCCGCCCUGCUCCGCGGCUGCGGCCUCAUGUACCGCCACCUCCCUUCCUCCCACCGCGGCGACGCGCCCGAUGAUGCUCGCCGGAGAGGGGCGACCCAUGAGCACCCGGCGGAGCGCGGCCUGCAGCGGCGCCAGAGGAACGCGGCGCUCGACCACAUCGAGCACCACCGCAUCCACGGCCUCGUCUACUUCGCCGACGAGGACAACGUGUAUUCCCUUGACCUCUUCCAUCAGCUUCGCGGCAUAAGGAGUUUUGGCACCUGGCCAGUCGCAAUGCUGGGCGUGGGCAAGAGCAAGACACUUCUGGAAGGGCCAGUUUGUGACAGCAGCCAGGUGGUAGGAUGGCACACGAACGAGAGGGACAAGAGGCAACGAAGGUUUCAUGUGAAUACUUCGGGCUUUGCUUUCAAUAGCAGUAUGCUCUGGGAUGCCGACAAGAGGGCUCAUCAGGCGUGGAAUUACAUCCGGCUGCUGGACACGGUCAGAGAUGGGUUUCAGGCAACAACAUUUGUAGAACAGCUUGUAGAAGAUGAAACUUAUAUGGAGGGCAUACCAACUGGUUGUUCAAAAAUUAUGAAUGUUAAUCUUCAUCUAGAAGAUAAACAUCUUGUAUAUCCAAAGGGAUGGCAAAUGACAGAAAACCUGGAUGUAUUAAUUCCUCUCUGAGCCAGAACAGAGGCAGACCAGCCUGCAGCUUCAGCAAUCGAGCACAUGGAAACGGCCGAGCAUGACGUAUGUGGCAUGUGUCAAACUGAAGAAAGUCGUGGGUCACCGGAGGUUUAGGUUAGGUGUACAUUACCAAAGGAAAUAUGCACUUAACUUUCACAGAUUUGUUUGCAGCAAAGAGCUCAAAAAAUACGAUUAGGUACACGAAUACAUCAUACAAGAGGAUCUUAGGUUCAGAGUAGGGCCUUAGCCUUUGUGAACAUUUAAGGUAAAUACAUCUAACUUGAAGUGAAUGUGGUGACUACUUUUAUGUACCACUAGAGACUAGAGAUAACAUUGGUUAAUUAGUUUGAAUUAUAUACAUGCAUUGCUACAUAUCAUGGUUUAUUUGAA